AUGAGAUUUCAAAAUCCAUCACCAUUUGUUCAAGAGGACUCACAACAACAGUCUUCUCAAUACAGUGUUACCUUUGUUUCCAAGAUAUCUUCCCUAACUCGUCACAUCUCUCUUGUUGAAAGAAACUACCGUUUGCUUUCUUUCAAUAAACUCCAACUGUGCAACCGUAAGCGAUUGAUUUCAAGUUCAUUCAUUAAUUUAGGUAGAACCCAACCAUUCAAACCAAAGAAUCCUAACUCACCUAUUAUAAUGUCUACUCACUCUACCGUUCCAUUCAGCAGAGAACAAUUGGAAUCUGUUCUCAAGAGAAGAUUCUUUUUUGCCCCAUCUUUUGAACUUUAUGGUGGGGUCUCUGGUCUCUAUGACUAUGGUCCACCAGGUUGUGCUUUGCAAGCCAACAUUGUCGAUGUUUGGAGAAAGCAUUUCAUUUUGGAAGAAGACAUGUUGGAAGUUGACACCACAAUGUUGACUCCAUACGAGGUUCUCAAGACUUCUGGUCAUGUUGACAAGUUCAGUGAUUACAUGUGCACCGAUCCAAAAACUGGUGAAAUUUUCAGAGCCGAUCACUUGGUCGAAGAAGUCCUUGAAGCCAGAUUGAAAGGUGACAAAGAAGCCAGAGGGUUGUUGAAGGACGCCAACGCCGCUGCUGCUGAAGAAGCCGAAGGUAAAAAAAAGAAAAAGAAGGUGAAGGAAAUCAAGGCUGUCAAAUUGGACGAUGAAGUAGUUCAAGAAUAUGAAACCAUUUUAGCCAAGAUUGAUGGUUACAAUGGGGAACAAUUGGCCGAACUCAUGGUCAAGUACAACAUUGGUAACCCAGUGACUGGCGAAACUUUAAACCCACCAAAGGCUUUCAACUUGAUGUUUGAAACUGCUAUUGGUCCAUCUGGUGCCCUCAAAGGGUUCUUGAGACCAGAAACUGCCCAAGGUCAAUUCUUGAACUUCAACAAAUUGUACGAUUGUAACAACAACAAGGUGCCAUUUGCCUCUGCUGCCAUUGGCAAGUCUUUCAGAAACGAAAUCUCUCCAAGAUCUGGGUUAUUGCGUGUCCGUGAAUUCUUGAUGGCCGAAAUCGAACACUUUGUUGAUCCACUCGACAAGACCCAUGAAAAGUUUGACGAAGUCAAGGACUUGAAGUUGAGAUUCUUGCCAAGAGAAGUCCAACAAGCUGGGUCCACUACCCCAAUUGUCGAAACCCUUGGUAACGCAGUGGCCCAAAAGAUUGUCGAUAAUGAAACUUUAGGUUACUUUAUUGGAAGAAUCUACUUAUUUUUGCUCAAGAUUGGUGUAAACCCAGAAAAGAUCAGAUUCAGACAACACAUGUCUAACGAAAUGGCUCACUACGCCCAAGACUGUUGGGAUGGUGAAUUGCAAACCUCCUAUGGCUGGAUCGAAUGUGUCGGUUGUGCUGACAGAUCUGCUUACGAUUUGACUGUCCAUUCUAAAAAGACCAACGAAAAGCUUGUGGUGAGAGAAAAAUUGCCAGAACCAAUUGAAGUUACCAAGUACGAAGUCGAAAUCCAAAAGAAGAAGUUUGGACCUAAAUUCAGAAAGAAUGCUGGGUUGGUGGAAAAAUGGUUGUUGGCCCAAGACCAAGAAGCCCUAAAGAAGUUCUCAGAAGAUUUGGCCGCCACCGGGGCUAUCAAGUUCAAUGUUGAGGGUAUUGAAGAAGAAAUUGAAUUGGACUCCUCAUUUGUCAGUGUUGGCGAAAUCACCAGAAAAGAACACAUCAGAGAAUACAUUCCAUCGGUCAUUGAACCAUCUUUUGGUCUUGGACGUAUUCUUUACUCUAUUUUUGAACACUCUUUCUACGUUCGUGAAGACGACCUUGCCAAAUCCGUGUUGUCAUUCUCCCCGCUCGUGGCCCCAACUAAGGUUCUUCUUGUCCCACUCUCCAGUAACGACGCCUUUACUCCUCUCGUGAAGGAUAUCUCCAAGUUACUCCGUAAGAACCAAAUUCCUUUCAAGGUUGACGACUCAAGCGCCACCAUUGGUAAGAGAUACGCCAGAAAUGAUGAAUUGGGUACCCCAUUCGGUGUCACUAUUGAUUUCGACUCCGUCAAGGAUGGUUCCGUCACUUUGAGAGAAAGAGACUCCACUAAACAAGUUAGAGGUUCCAUUGCCGAGAUCAUCACUGCCAUCAAGGAAAUCACCUACAACGGCGCUUCUUGGGCUGAAGGUACCAAGGACUUGAAGGCUUUUGAAGGCCAACAAGAAGAGUAA